AGAGCAUAUAUAAACCCAACAGCCAAUUUCUUUCUUGUUUUCGUCGCUCCUGCGUUGCCCUCUGCUCAGUUGCCGAGCACUAUCAAAUUUCCUGCUACGCAUCCUCAGAGAUUGGACGAUCUCGCGAGUCAUGAAUGCUAGAAGAGACCACCGUAACAAUAGAGUUUCCCUUUUCGAUGGUAUCGAGGAGGGUGGCAUCAGAGCACAAUCUGUUUUCUCCUCUUCUCAUGAAAUUGAUGAACAUGACAAUGAGCAGGCAUUGGAUGGACUGCAAGAUAGAGUCAGUCUACUGAAAAGAUUAUCAGGUGAUAUCAACGAGGAAGUGGAUAGCCAUAACCGCAUGCUGGAUCGAAUGGGGAAUGAUAUGGAUUCAUCAAGAGGAGUCCUUUCGGGCACUAUGGACAAGUUUAAAAUGGUAUUUGAGACCAAAUCCAGCCGGAGAAUGUUUACGCUUGUAGCAUCCUUUGUUGUGCUUUUUCUUGUAAUAUACUAUCUCACUAAGUAAUUUGAUCUUUCAUUCAAUAGUCAUCUUUACUCUAGAGGAAGCUAUUUCCUCUAUUACUGUAAUUAAUGCUGCUGCCCUGUAAGAUAAUGUUAUGUAUAAAGGUUUGAUGUUUCAAACAGGUGCUCA